UUAUCGACAAAUACAAUUUUAAAAUUCCUAACAGCGAGAAAGUUUAACGUACAGAGAGCUGUCGACCUCUACAUAUCUCAUCAGGAAACAAGAAGGAAAGAAAAUUUAUUAGAGAUUGAUCCAUGGAAUCCACAUAUUAGGAAAGAAUUACUCAGCGAGAAACUGACAGUCCUGCCAACAAGAGAUAAGGAUGGGUCAGGAAUAUUGUUAUUCACAGCCAGACAACAUCAACCCAGUCUGACAAACCAUUCAUACGUACUUCAAGGUUUAGUGGUUCAACUGGAUGCUGCUCUAGAAAGCCCUGAAACCCAAAAGAAUGGGAUAGUCUUCAUCUACGAUAUGACCGGUUCCAAAUUUGCAAACUUCGAUUACGAACUCAACAUCAAAAUCUUAAAAAUGCUAAGGGGCAGCUAUCCAGCCCGUUUAAAAAAGGUUCUCAUAGUCACCGCCCCACUUUGGUUUAAGGCUCCCUUCAAGGUGCUAAGGGUCUUCAUACUUGAAAAAUUGCGGGAUAGGGUCCACAUCUUGAAUGCCGAUGAACUCGUCACUCAUCUGCCCCUAACUUCCAUACCGAUUCAGCUAGGUGGCUACCUGAGACACAACCACCAGGAGUGGCUGACGAAGUGUCUACUCAUUUCAUCGUCGCAAUCGUCGACUUCAUCUUUGCUCUUAUCAUCUUACCAUCGCCACAACAACAACAACAACAACAAUAACAAUAAUAAUAAUAAUAAUAGUAAUAGUAGUACAUCCUCGUCCACAAAUGCGACAGCGGCGAAACACUUCUCGACAACUACGUCAUCAUCAACAGCCGUGACGUCAUUGAAAAAUGAUGACCUCACUGUGGUUAACUACGAUUGCGGCAAGAACGGGCUGACGGCAGUUGAACUACAAAAACAUUUCGAUACCGUUGGUGUGCACGGUUUGGAGGCAGAGUACAACAUCAUCAGAUCCGACCCUGUUAUUGGGAGUAUACAUAAGUUCAAAAUGAAAGUGAACCAAGGAAAAAAUCGCUAUUCAGAUGUUGUAUGUCUUGAUAGGACUAGAGUUCCAAUCCAACUCAGACUCAGUGAUGAUGAUGACGGACGGUAUGUUAAUAAUGAAGAUGAUGAUAAUGAUGAAGAUGAUGAUAGAUCCCCAUAUGCGGAUUUUUGGCAAAUGGUCUGGGAACAGAAGGUCAUGGUCGUCGUCAUGACCACCAAAUUGAUGGAAAGAGGUAGAACGAAAUGUGGGCAGUACUGGCCGAAGGACGAUAGCACGAUAGACACGCACAACAGUUUGGCGGUCAUCAACUGCGGCUCAGUGACCUCGGGUGACCUGGUCACUACGACCUUGUUGCUACAGAAUGUCAAGACAUCGGAAAGCCGCGAGAUCAAGCACAUCCACUUUCUCGGCUGGCCCGACUACGGAGUCCCUACUUCAGCCGAAUCAUUCCUCGAACUCAUGUUCUACGUGAGGCAGGUGCAAGCCACCAUGUGUAUUAUUAAUGGUUGUUAUGGUGAUGGUUGGAAUGUCGCAGAGCCUCCUAUUGUUGUUCAUUGCAGUGCUGGUAUUGGCAGAUCAGGCACCUACAUAGCUAUCGACAUCAUGACCCAAGCCCUGAAGCACAGCAACAAGGUGAACGUCAUGGAGGUCAUUCGCAAGAUAAGGUCACAGAGGGCACUCAGUAUUCAAAUGUCCGAUCAGUAUGCCUUCUGCUACAAGGCCCUCCUCUGCUAUGCCAAGAAAGUCGGGCUUCUUAGGUGA